CUCGUACGCUCGAAACACACACACACAAUGCUUGCCAGAUUUGCCAGACCAAGCGUCCGUUCUGUUUCCUUGGCCAGAUUCAACUCCCACGCUGCCCCAGCCAAGGCCACCAAGCCAGCCGUUAAGGAGUUCACCCAGCAGGCCACCCAGGAGGACUACUACCAGUUGAGAAGCCCAUACGCCAAGUGGGACGAUCCGCAGAACCGCAGAAACUUCAACGAGCCAGUCUCUGAUAAGUAUGACUUCUACGAGAUGUGGACCGCCGACGUCUACACCACUACAUCCGACAAACAGGCUGUCAGAUGGUUCUUAACCUACGUCGGUGUUUUUGCCGGUGCUUGUUACGGGUUGUCCUUCUUGUUCGAUGGUAAGAUUGCGAUGCCUAGAAACUACCCAUAUGGCGGGUUGGCCAGAGAGCUCGGUGCUAGAAACGCAGAGGAAGCUGAAAUUUACAGAUCUCACAUUGACAAGAGCGCUCCUCCAGCCAACUUUGACUAAACAAAGUAAAACUAUGGUGGAGGGAGCUGUUCCGUGACUGAUUAUCUCGGAACAUAACCUACUGCUAUCCAUUUUACACUACCAGCAUUCUUUCAUCCUAUUUAUUUCUUUCUUUGUGUCAUAUUUAUUCAAACCCAUUCUAACUUAUUCAACAACGUAAAUCGAAG